AUGGUCCACUCCCUGAGCCCCUGCACCGACGGCAGCGCCUCCCCCUGCGGCGUGGCCGUGCCCCAGCCCGUGGCCGACUCCUGCAAUGAGCCCUGUGUCCGGCAGUGCCCCGACUCCACAGUGGUCAUUUACCCUCCCCCGGUGGUCGUCACCUUCCCCGGGCCCAUCCUCAGCACUUUCCCUCAACAGAGCGUGGUGGGAUCCGCGGGAGUCCCCGAAGUCGGAGCCGGCGCUGGGGCCGGUGUCGGGGCUGGUGUUGGAGGUGCUUUUGGUGCUGCCCGAACCCCUGGAGCUUCUCAAGUUUAUGGUGGGGCCAGGUGGGCCCGGGGGUACCCAGUUGGGAGCUGCAGACCCUGCUGCUAA